AUGGCGAACGCCGGCAAAAUUUAUUUCACAAACGAGCAAAUCGAUGCCGAAUGGGCCACACAUAUGAAAGGUGCAGUGGCACCGCCGAUUACCCAAGCGACACACUUGCCAGAGGGCCCCAUCAGCCUGCCUGUUGUUAACGAAAAGCUGACAAGAGUGACAAAUUGGAUUGACUGGGAGCGAAGCGUGAGAGGCAUUCUAAUCACGAACUCCCUUUACCGCCUGAUCGAUAAAACCAUACCUCGUCCAAGACCGACAACCGAGAUGGGUGAAAAUUGGUGCAUGAAAGGUCGUCUUGAUGUUAUAUUCGCCGAUGAUAUCUGGAAAGCCCUGGCCACGAUCUGCAAAGGCCAACGCAUCUUCUCCGACGCCAAAGCGUGGACGACCUUCACGGGCAUGAGGGCUUCAGAUUACAACAACAUCGAUUCUUACACUGUGGCUUAUGCAAGCGCCUUCAACACGGCAAAUGAUGCUGGAUUCAACAUUUCUUGGAAAGGCUCUAUUCUUGGUUAUCUGGCUGGUGUGGCAGUCUUCAACGCCCAGGUUGCGGACAAGGCCAUGCAGUAA